AUGCCGGACGCGACGGCGGCGGUGGGGGUUGAGCCGGCCGGAUCCAGCGGCAAGAACGCGUGUGCUCUGGGCUCCGCUGAAGAUCGGAUGGAUGAUGAUUUUGCUGCAGCCGAAGCUGAGCAGCUUGAAGAGGUCCUCCGACUCUCGGCUCAGUCCACGACGAUGGCAUGUGCGGUUUGCAGACUGAUGACAGUAUCACUGGAAGCAUCAUGGAAACCUGAGAAUUGUGAUCAUGUCAUCUGUAUUGACUGCUUCGCCAAAUACACAACAGAGACAGUGGCCACAGAGAUGCCAAAGUGCCCGGUUGCUUCUUGCGAAUAUCAUGUCGAUCCAGAGAUACAUGAAUUUAUGGAAGUAGACGAUGAUGGCAGCCUGAUCGCAAUCAAAGAGAUCGAUGAUGGCAAAGGGAAGGAACAUCCCUAUAAUGGGCUGCAAGAAUCCGGCCAAGGUUCCGUCCGCAGCACGAUGAUGUGUGCAGUUUGCAGGCUGAUGAUCGUAUCGCUGGAAGCGUCGUGGAAACCUGAAAACUGUGAUCAUAUCAUCUGCAUCACCUGCUUUGCCAGAUACACAACCGAGAGUACGGCCACCGAGAUGCCCAAGUGUCCGAUUACUUCUUGCGAUUCUCUGUUGAAGCCAGACACACCACAAGUGAUCAAUACGGACGAUGAUGGUGAUGCUGGCAGCUCGUCAUCGACCAGAGUGGUAGACAAAGACAAGCAACCGUGCAACGCCGUGCUGCAAGAGCUCGGCCAAUGUUCCAGCGGCACGACGAUUGCCAACGACUUCUACUGCACCAUCUGCAUGGAGGAAGUGCCUGCCAUAGAAUGCUUCCCGAUGGACGGGUGCACGCACGCGUUCUGCGUCAGCUGCGUGAGGCAGUACAUUGCGGCGAAGGUGGAAGAGAACGUGCUGCCCAUCAGGUGCCCCGACCCGGGCUGCAAGGACGGCACGCUGCAGCCGGAGGCCUGCCGGGACGUGAUCCCGACUCCGCUGUUCCAGCGGUGGGGCGCCGCGCUCUGUGACAUGGCGCUCGAGGGGAUCAAGUUCUACUGCCCCUUCAACGACUGCUCGACGCUGCUGGUCGACGACCACCAGGACGGGGACGCGGUGAUAAGGGACGUGGAGUGCCCCCACUGCUCCCGCAUCUUCUGCGCGCAGUGCAAGGUGCCGUGGCACGACGGCGUGGACUGCGCCGAGUUCCAGCGGCUCGGGGAGGACGAGCGCGGGCGGGAGGACCUGCUGCUGAGGAAGGUCGCGCAGGAGAGCAAGUGGCGGAGGUGCGCCAAGUGCAAGAUCUACGUCGAGAGGGUGGAAGGCUGCGUGUACAUUGUCUGCAGGUGCGGCCACCACUUCUGCUACCUGUGCGGCUCCGCGAUGGUGAAGGGCAACCAUCGUUGCAGCAAGUGCAAGCGUACGUGGUGA